AUGCCAUCAACCGCCAUACGAAUGCCACCGGGUAUAAGUCACCUGAACGAGCAGCAGAAUCGCGGCUUCCGAAUCGGCUGCUGCCGCGUAUGCACGUGCAUCAAUUUGCAGUUUUUCCUCUCGAAAAAUGGCAUCCUGAAGUGCUUCGAGCUGGUGCUAGGUUGGUUCUGUCAGACGAUGCUGAUCCAGUUCGGCCUCGACACGGCCAAGGACAUCGGCGAGGCAUUUCUCGGGUUUCUAACGACCUGCUCCACCUUUCUGCUAACCACCACCGUCCUGCUGCUAUGUUACGCCAUAUCGGCGCGGACAUUUCAUCUGAUUCGGCAAUCAAUUUUCGAAGUAGUGUACAACGGAUUGGCAUGUGUUAUGUACCUGAGUGCAGCUUCAUAUCUUGGGUUUUCCGUCAACAUAUACAACCACAUAAUUAUAUACUUGUAUCCCAAGUUCCUGAUCUUCAAAAACACUGGUGGAGUCCACAGUUCCUAUCCAGCGAUGACGGCAGUUUAUUAUAUGGGUUUCAUCGUCGGGAUGGUGUACGGUGUGGAUACGUUUGUUGCCUAUCGUCACUUGAAAGGUUAUUCUUAA